AUGCCGAGCAGCAAUUUGACCGACGACCCCUUUGUGGCCCAGCAGAUGAUGACCCAUGAUGUCUCCGUCCUCGAAGGCUCGGCCAUUGCUGUUGAUGCGACGUAUUUUAUCCAGCAGAUGCUGGACCACACGCCCUCUCAUGAGCCGCUCAUGUGCGCCCUGGCCGGUCUUACGGGCAUCCAUAUGCACCUGGAGAACGAAUUGAACCAAUGGAAGGCCCACAAGGUCACGCCUCUCUUCAUCUUCGAGGGCUUGCCCGUCGCGGGCCAGGACGACGUCACCAUUCAGAAUGGCCUCCGCGACAUCCAACGGACCAACGCCGCCUGGGAUUUGUACUUUGCCGGAAGUGCUAGCGAGGCGGUCGCUGCUUUUGGUGCAACGGGCUCCACCUUCCGCGCACAGUCACUCUAUCCUCUGCUGCAGCGCCUUCUCAGAAAGCGCAAGCUGCAUUUCCUCAUCGUGCCCUACAAUGCUUCUGCACAGAUCGCGUAUUUCGACAUGAUCAACUCUGACCAGUGCGGUGGCAUCAUGGGCUCACCAGAGCUGCUGCUCUACCCCAUCCACGACGGCAUCAUCAAUGCGAUAGACUGGAACCAGAAGCGCGUCCAUGCGCUGUCGAAGAAACAGCUGGUCCGAAGCCUCGGCGUGAGCGAGUCCCUGUUUACUGACGCCCUCCUACUGACUGGCACAUCGUCCUUGCCGACUUUCCCGCCGCUCCGCGACGUGAACAUCACGCCGCGCCCACUCAGCGUGGCGGAUGCCACCAACAUGCUGCGCACCGCCGAAAAGAACGUGGCAUCUCUCUGCGCAUCGUUCAACGACCUGCUGCAAGCCCAGGACCCCCAGUGGCUCGACAAGUACCGCAAAGCACGCAUGGCCGUGAGCCAUUUCAUCUACAUUGCGGAGUCUGGCGAGAUCUGCGUGAACGACUUUGACCGGUUGACUAGUGACAACCACGAGUACUUGGGCUUCCAGCUGCCUGCCGAGCUUUUCCAUUACCUGAACAAGGGCUUGAUCAGCCCGCGUGUGCCAAGCUGGAUUGCAUACUGCCGCGUCACCAUCCUUCCCACCCUCGACGGCUACGUUGCCGACGAGUACAAGACCCUUGUCACCCAGCAGCUCGUGCCCUACUACGAGACCGCCCUGGCGCUCAUCCUGAACCGCAUCAACCGGGGUUUCAACUUCCAGGAAAUGCACCUCAAGGUCUGGUACGACGCCAAGUUCUCCCUCAAGCUCAAGCACCGCGGCGAGGACAACAACGCCGUCACCCGUAUUGCCGCAUGGAACGCGACAGACGCGUCGCUCAACCAUUUCCCCCGGAACGACAACACCCCGGCGGCUGCAUCCCCGGGGAGCAUCGCCUUUGAGCUGUCCGCCUUGAACAACAAGGACUUUGUGGCCGAGACUCUCAAGGCGCCCAAGACCCAUGGCGUCGAGAAUGCCGAUACGAUUGUGUCUCUUACCCUCUGGAGGCUGCUCACGCUACGUGGCUACAUUGAGCCCAAGACGCUCGAGCCCACCAAGGUGGGUGUUGCCCUCGGCAAAGCGUUUGCUGCGCUGGAGCCCGUUGUCAAGAAGCACCCCGAGCUCACAGCGUCGCUGCACGCGGCAGCCCUGCUGGCCUUUGACCUGAUUCGUCUGGAUCUCCUCAAUGCCAAGAACCAGCAUGCCGAGCUUCAAGGCUAUCCGGCCAACGGCCCUGUCGAGGACCGCGAUGCGGCCGUCCUGAUCAGCCGCGUGGCCACUCUGCUGCCGCUGCGGCAGGACACCUCAGGCUACACGGGACCCCUCAGCAAGAGUCUGCUGGCGUUUCACACGCUGACCACGACGGUGGGCGAGGCCAACCGCGCCAUUAUCGAGUCCCUGCUGGCUUUGACCUUUAUGAGUAACCAGGCCAACCGGGACCGCGUGGACUUCUGGGACAUUGGCCACCGCCUGCCGUUCAUUGAGUUCCCGGACGCCGCGCUCGGCAUUGCCGUCAAGACGUUCUUGGACGAGAGUUUUGAGGACAACACGCCCGAAGAGAAGGAGGCACGCAAGCAAGCCUUCCCGGCUAAGUUUGUACCGCACGCCACGCAUCCUUUUGAGGACAUUGAGAUUGCGUUUGGUCUGGUCGAGGCCUUGCACGCUGGUGUGCAGACGCUCGGCGAGGACGAGAUUAAGGGCGAUGUGAAGGCCGAGUGGGAGCGGGCCAAGAAGUACCUUGACCGGAGAAAGUAG